CAUUGAUCCGUCGUUCAGCAUGCAGUUGCAGCGUCAUUGUGGGCCACCGUUUGAAUGAAGUUAGGAGACAUACAAAUCUUCCACAUCUCGAUUUACACCCGGCCUCUGAAACUCCUAAGCUUUAUUAAGGACAAACGAACAGAACGAUGCCCGUAUUUACAGUGAAUGUGAAAUGGGGAAAGGAGAAGUUUGAUGCGGUGGAGUUGAACACAGAAGAGCCGCCCAUGGUGUUCAAAGCCCAGCUGUUUGCUCUGACGGGGGUUCAGCCAGAGAGACAGAAAGUCAUGGUGAAAGGAGGAACACUGAAGGAUGAUGAGUGGGGAAAUAUCAAGUUGAAAAAUGGGAUGACCCUUCUAAUGAUGGGCUCUGCUGAUGCUCUGCCCGAGGAGCCUGUAGUACGGCCCAUGUUUGUAGAGGACAUGACAGAGGAGCAGCUCGCAUCUGCUAUGGAGUUGCCAUGUGGAUUGACAAAUUUGGGCAAUACGUGCUACAUGAACGCAACUGUGCAGUGUCUGCGUUCUGUGCCUGAGCUAAAAAUUGCUCUCAGGGGGUACUCUGGUGCCUUGCGUUCCUCUGGAGCUAACGCCCCUCCUCAGUACAUCACAGCAGCGAUGCGUGAUUUGUUCGAGUCCAUGGACAAGACCUCCUCAAGCAUUCCACCCAUCAUUCUGCUGCAGUUUCUGCAUAUGGCCUUCCCACAGUUUGCAGAGAAAGGAGACCAGGGCCAGUACCUCCAGCAGGAUGCCAACGAGUGCUGGGUUCAGGUAAUGCGGGUCCUUCAGCAGAAAUUAGAUCCUGAAGAACAAGAAACUCCAAUGGAGGCUGACGGUGAUAAUGCAGCUGCUGCCGCCACAAAAAAGAAAAACUUUAUUGAUCAGUAUUUUGGUGUUGAAUUUGAAACUACUAUGAAGUGCACGGAGUCAGAGGAUGAAGAACCGACCAAAGGCUCCGAGAGCCAACUGCAACUUAGUUGCUUUAUCAACCAGGAAGUCAAAUAUCUCGCCACUGGACUCCGAUUGAGGCUACAAGAGGACAUCACGAAGCUCUCCCCUACUUUACAAAGAAAUGCUCACUAUAUAAAAUCGUCCAAAAUUAGACGUCUCCCAGCAUACCUGACAGUUCAGAUGGUCCGGUUCUACUACAAAGAAAAAGAAUCUGUUAACGCCAAAGUCCUUAAGGAUGUCAAAUUCCCUCUCAUGCUGGAUGUUUACGAACUGUGCACUUCUGAACUUCAAGAGAAAAUGGUUUCACUGAGGUCAAAGUUCAAGGAGAUUGAGGAUAAGAAACUUGAAAUGCAGCAGGAGCCAAAAGUGGAUCAGAAGGUUUUUACACCCAAAGAAACAAAAUAUGAACCUUUCUGCUUUUCUGAUGACUUGGGCUCCAACAAUAGCGGUUACUAUGAUCUGCAGGCAGUUCUGACACAUCAGGGUCGAUCCAGUUCAUCUGGCCACUACGUCGCCUGGGUUAAAAGAAAAGAAGAUGAAUGGGUGAAGUUUGAUGACGAUAAGGUUAGCGUGGUGUCCCCCGAGGACAUCCUGAAGCUGUCCGGAGGUGGCGACUGGCAUAUAGCAUACGUACUCCUCUACGGCCCACGACGUCUGGAAAUACUUGUGUAACAGCGGUUCAGAUUAAAACUAAAAUCAUACGUAAUUGCCAUUUCCGAGCACUGUCUGUAUAGAUGUGCAAUAAAUCCUGGUGUCUUUAAAAACCUGACCUUAAUAUUUUCUGAACUUUUCAUGCAUCAACAUGAGCGGCAUGUCAUUUAAGGGUGUUUCACCCCCCUUCUGCGGAUGGUAGAUUUGCCGGACCUGAUCUUUGUUUGGACUUUGAGCAAUUCUUUUCUAAAUGUUUUCUAUUUGCAUUGUAUAUUUUAAGCCUGUGGAAAGUUGUUCAUGCUCAUUAUACAGUAUCCAUUGCAGUUAUUACUAGAAAUAUGUAGUAAAUCAAUUUAAAAAAAGAUGUUCUUGGCCACUUUUGUACCUGUAAUUAAUUUACAUUAGGACGAUUGUUUAUGAUAGUGGGUUUCUCACCCCAAAGAGAACAACGUUUACAUUGUGUUGUAUGAUUGUAGGCCUGCUUUGAAUAUCAAAGGUGCGUUUUGUUACUAAAGCAUUUUAGAGGAUAGUUCAUGAUUCAAAUAUCACUCUUGUCCUCUAGCUACAGUGGAACAUAAACCACCAUAAACUCAUAUGUCCUGAAAUACCCAAAUACAAUCACGUAAGAGCAUCUCUGUAAUAAGUUAUUGACUGCAAGCUUUUCAUAAACUGAAAAAUAAACAUGCCAAUGAAA